UCGGGGUUUUGCCAAUCCGAAGCCUUCCUUCGUGCAUCGAUUCCUCUCGUCCGACCCAUUGUCGUCAAAUUCCUCGCGCGUUUUCCUGCGCUGGAGCAUUGGCGAUGGAGUGGAAAUCAAUUUGGGCCUCCUCGUCGUCAGAUCUGUUGGAAAUCCGGCCCAGCCCGAGCAGUGAGUGAGUGAGUGAGUGAGUGAGUAAGAGAGAGAAGGCGCACGAACGAUUCCACCUUCGACGGAAGACCAAUUUGCUGGAGCUCGGGCUCGUGUUUCCAGUGUGCAUCGCGUCAUUGGUUACUCGGGCGAAGAGAAGUGAUGAGAAGCAUGUUCUUGCGCGGCGCGCGCGUCGGACAUUUGACGUUCCGUGAUGGGAGCCAUGACGAGAUAAAUACGACGAGGAUGCGGAUCAUGUUCUAGGCUGCUUCCGUGCCGCAUCGGGUGUGCCGCCGGUUGAGGAUUGUGUUCUUGAGAGAUCGGUCGUAGCCAUGGCAGCUUGGAGAGCACUGAUGCAAGAGGCGUGGGAGCGGUCCGUAGUGUUUACGCAAUUUCUCUGCUUCCUUCAUGUUUUCUCCAAUCACGUUUGCCAAGUCCACCAGUGUUUAGGGCCUAGUAUGCUGCCAACAUUCAACGUGGCUGGAGACAUCCUACUGCUAGAGCAUCUGUCGGUCAAGUUCGAAAAGGUUCGGUCCGGGGAUGUGGUGAUGGCGAGAUCUCCCGUGAACCCUCGGGUGAUGGUAUGCAAGCGCGUCUUGGGACUCGAAGGAGACCGUGUGGUUGUUCUUCCGACAAAUAGCAAGGGCCACAUACGACAUGUUGUGGUACCGAAGGGGCAUGUCUGGUUGCAAGGCGAUAACAUCUAUAACUCUACAGAUUCUAGGCAUUAUGGACCAGUUCCUUACGCCCUCAUUCAGGGCAAAGUUUGUUACAGAAUCUGGCCUCUGGAAGGAUGGGGCCCUGUUCUCAACCGAGAACCAUAAGUUUGAUUCGUGACAGCAUUAUGGAUGCCUAUUUCAAAUCGCUGGACUUCAAUGGAGCACGACAUUUGCCUGCUCAACAGUUUUGUCUUUGGCUACAGUCAGUGAAGACCAGCAUCCCGAGAAUGUCUCUGCUCUCGAGCUUUUGUUAGUCAAUAGGAAGCGCAUCUCAAAAUUCCUCUGACGGGUUAACGUUCUCUGUUGGAAAAGUUGUUUCCAGCAAGAGAAUCAGAGGUCAAAGAAUAUCAUCAUUCUUGGGACGCGCAUGUCAUUUAUUUUUGGUUUGAGGUAGGGUUCCACUUUAGUCGAAGAGUUCGAAUCGCAUUGGCUAUUUGGUCAUUUGUGCGGCUAUUGUACAGGAGACACUGUGAACUGGAUAUCUUCACCGUCAGUGACUGGUUGAGGUGACUCGGAGAGAGCACCUGUGCUUUUCAAUCACACCUUUUUAUUGCUCU